UUUAACAUACCUGUACAUGCAGCCUCACUAAACACCCGAGAGGACUUGCAAAAAACAACCCGUGCAAUGUCGUGUGUGUCUUGCUAAACUCAAAGGCCCCGAGACUUGCCAAGUCAGAAACGGAUUGUGUUCGAUCCAAUUACCCAUCUCUCAGACUCUGAUCCUUGAACUGGUUCUCUUUUCGUGACGUCAAUCGAGAGCCCCUAUCCAUCCCGACCAUGGACAGCUCUCAGAAGAGCGGAAAGUUCGAGGCAAUGCUCUUUGCCCUCUGUCAAGACGGACCUAAGGCCUCGAUCCGGAAAUUCGUUGAGGAGAUUAGCCGAACCGGGGUUCGACCCAUGAGCGAUCCUCGUUUGGCCGAGGUGAUAAAGCGAUUCAAGUCCUUCAGGAACAAACCCAAUGGAGCAUUGGAGAAUCUCAUGCUGGAUUUCGAGCAAUUUCGCUACGCUAUUGGAGCCAACCUCCCGUUAAUAGCCAAGAUUUUCCGCAAUGAUCUCGUCAUCCCGGAAUUCGAUAGCUUUUGCAAUAGCGUCACGGGGCUUUAUGAGAAGCUCAAGUCCAACUUUGAUGGUGCCCCUGCCGCUUACAUCCCUCAAUUGGCUCGCGUUCCCAGUGACAAGUGGGGUAUUUCCAUUUGUACCGUGGAUGGCCAACGGUUCUCCAUCGGGGAUGUUCACGACAAAUUUACCAUCCAAUCUACCAGCAAGCCCAUUACUUACGCCCUCACCUUGUCGGAGUUGGGAACCGAUGUGGUUCACAAAUACCAGGGACGAGAACCGUCUGGAAGGAUGUUCAACGAAAUCGUAUUAGACCACAAUAAUCAACCUCACAAUCCCAUGGUGAACUCGGGAGCCAUUAUGUCUUCGUCCAUCUUAUUGUACUUGCUCAAGCCCGAGAUGAACAUGGCCCAGAAGUACGACUACGUAUUCGAUUUCUUCAAGCAAAUGGCCGGAGGCGAAUACCUGGGUUUCAACAACUCGAUCUUUUUGUCGGAACGCGAUUCUGCCGAUCGGAACAGCGCCCUAGGUUACUUCAUGCGCGAAAAUAUGUGUUAUCCUCCCGGGGAAAUCAACAUUCCCAACACUCUGGACUUCUACUUCCAGCUCUGUUCCUUGGAAAUGACAUGCGAAUCAGAGAGCGUCAUCGCCGCGACCUUGGCCAAUGGAGGCGUGUGCCCGACCACAGACAAACGAAUGUUGGCCCCAGAUGCGGUCCGCAAUGUAUUGUCCCUGAUGCUUAGUUGCGGUCUCUACAACUACUCGGGUGACUUUGCUUUCAAGGUCGGAUUGCCCGCCAAAUCUGGCGUGAGUGGAACACUCGUGUUGGUGAUACCCAAUGUCAUGGGCAUUACGUUUUGGUCGCCUCCUUUGGACGAAAUGGGGAACACCGUACGAGGGGUUCAAUUUUGCGAGGAAUUUGUCCGACUCUACAACUUCCAUAAAGUCUCAGGAGAGUUAUCCGAUGGAUCUUGCUCGUUGGUGGAUCCAACCAAAAACAAGUACGAAGUGGCCAGUCAACUCAUCAUUCAUUUAUUGAUGGCCGCUUCUGCGGGGGAUGAGACCGCUCUGAACAGCGCUUUCCAACAAGGCGUGGAUAUGAAUCUCGGCGACUACGAUGGACGAACAGCCCUCCAUUUGGCCGCUGCCGAGGGUCAUUUGAGAUGUGUCAAAUUCCUGCUGGAAGAAUGCAAGGUCAACUCGGACGCCAAGGACAGAUGGGGCCAGACUCCGUUGACCGAGGCCAUUUUGUUCAAACACACGAAAGUGGCUUCCCUCAUUAAGAGACACGAGAGGCUCCUUCAACUUCAGGCCAACAAGAAUAAGGGCGGCUCGGGAAAGGGCUCGAAUGCAUUCACGGGGAAAGACGAUCAUCAUGGUGGGGGUGUGGGCGAGGUCCUGUGGAGGAAAUUGGUCGAGAGGAAUCUGAUGAAGCCCGAAAAGGAACGACCCAUUUUCAAGUUCAACAAAUCCAAUCUGGAAGAUCGAGCCGCGAGAAGGGACGAAGAAGAGCUUCAACGCGAUCAAGAAGCCCUCCAAGCCCUCAAGUCUUCUCUGAAGGAUCAGUUGAAACAGACCAAGGUACGAACAACCUCCGUGGGAUUCGAUACCAACUUGGACUCUUUGAAAGAAGAAAUGGAACGCAAGAAGUCGGUUGGAGAGGCCAUGGGCGAAGCCAUGGGACUGGAUGGAUCAGUUGAGGAGGACAAUGCCGCCAAGCUGAUUCAGAACAAGUUCAGGAAUCUGAAGUUGAAGAAAUCACCCAACAACGGGGAAGAAGACAGCUCUAAGAAAGUAACCUCUUCGGCCGGGAAGGAGGGCGGCUUGACCAACGAGAAGCCGGAUUUGUGUCCUCCUAAGCAAGGGGUCUGAUCAUCAUCCCGUUCUUUCCCUGAGGAGAACUAGAAUACAAAUACGAAGAGGAAGAGGAUAAGGACAAGAUUCCCUUCCUCCGAAAUAGCAUGUGGAAUUAGUGGAAUUUUAUUGCGUUGAUAUUAUUUUCGUGUCGUAGUCUGAUUUUUGUGUGAGUGAAUAUUGCCAUUCUUUUUUAUAAUGAUGCUGCUGUUAAUGAGUAAAUAGAUUUAAUGUUAAGAAGAUUUCAUCCCAGAGCAUUGCGAGACUUGCCGACUCUAUCAGUGCUAGUUUGAGAAGAACUCGAACCUUUUGAACGACUCAUGUUUUCAACCAUUGUGUCCCAAUCAACAAUAAAAAACACCUCAUGAAUAGAAA